AGGGAUUAGUGGCUCAAGAGGGCCGGUACCAUAGGAACUCGUCCUCAGUCAUGGAGGACAGCUUGUACGACGAGUUCGGCAAUUACCAAGGCCCCGACGUCGAUGACGAGGACGAGGACGACGACGACCUCCUCGACGGCCUCGACGAGGAGAAGGGCAAGGCCGAUGACGAAGCCACAGGUGAUGUGCCCAUGGAGGGGGCAGAGGCAACCGGUGACAGGCAAAUCAUUCUCCAUGAGGACAAGAAGUACUACCCAGAUGCGGAAGAGCUCUACGGUGACGCGGAGGCGCUAGUGCAGAUGGAGGACACCCAGCCCCUGACGGAGCCCAUCAUCACCCCGGUGCAGUCCAAGAACUUUGAUUUGCUCGAGACCAAGAUGCCAGACACGACCUUCGACUUCAACUUCUUGGCAGCGAUGAUGGACAAGCCCAACCUUGUCCGCAACAUUUGCCUCUUGGGCGCCAUGCAUCACGGCAAGACCACCUUCAUGGACUUGAUGGUGUUGAACACCCACGAGAAGGAGUGGAAGGCGGGCAAGGAGAUCCGCUACACGGACUCGAGGCAGGACGAGCAAGACCGGGGCAUCACGGUGAAGGCCAGCUCCAUGAGCCUGGUGCUGCAGGACUCCAAGGACAAGUCCUACCUCUUCCACUGCAUGGAUACUCCUGGCCACGCCAACUUCCAGGACGAGGUCAUUGCCGCCUUGGCGCUCUCCGACGGAGUGGUGCUGCUGGUGGACGUGGUGGUGGGCCUCACACAGCACACCGAGCGGAUGCUGAAGCACGCUCUGCAAGACAAGCUGAAAGUGGUGUGUGUCAUCAACGGCCUGGACCGACUAAUCAUGGAGCUGAAGCUCCCUCCGACAGACGCCUAUCACAAGUUGCGGUACUGCAUCGAAGACAUCAAUGAGACCAUGGAGAAGCUCUAUGACUCUGUGAGUACAGAAGUGGACGACCGCAUUUACUUCUCGCCCAUCCGGGGCAAUGUCCUCUUCAGUUCGGCUCAGUUCCGAAUGAUGUUCACCUUGGAGUCCUAUGCCGCGAUCUACGCGGAAUCCCAUGGCUUCAGUUUUGACCAUCUCACCUUCUCCAAGUGUCUCUGGGGGGACUUGUACUACGACGCGGACACCCGCAAGUUCACAAAGACCCCCCCCGACGCCGAGCAGCCGCGAUCCUUCGUGCAGUUCGUGCUGGAGCCCAUCUACAAGAUCUUCGCUCACUGCCUGGGCGAGGAGAAGGAGGAUCUCGCCCAAACCCUCGCUGAGGUGGGCAUUUACCUCCACAAGCGCGACUACGAGCUGGACGCGAAACAGCUGAUCCGCAAGGUAUUCCUGCAGUACUUUGGCUCCGGAGGAGGUCUGCCCGCAUUCAUCGACAUGGUGGUGCGAAACAUCCCUACUCCCAAGGAGUCCGCAGAGGCGAAGGUCGAGAAGCUGUACUCUGGGGAUCAGGACGGCGCAGUAGCGGAGGACAUGAAGAAGAUGGAUACCACAGGCUACCUGAUGCUGCACGUGGUGAAGCAGUACCAUCGGCCGGACUGCAACGCCUUCGACGUGUUUGGCCGCGUGUUGUCCGGGACGGUCUUCAGAGGUGAUCGCGUGAAGAUCUUGGGAGAGACCUACUCCCUGGAUGAUGACGAGGACAUGGCAAUCAAAGAGAUCCAAAACCUUUGGAUCAUGGAGGGCCGAUACCGCGUGGAGGUGAGCCAUGUGCCCGCGGGCAACUGGGUGCUGAUCGGUGGCAUCGAGACAUGCAUCAAGAAGACCGCGACCAUCACAACUGCAUCCAACGAGGAGGAGGUUGAGAUCUUCAACCCCUUGCGCUUUCCAACCACCCCUGUCGUGAAGGUGGCGAUUGAGCCCCUGCAGCCGGCGGAGCUCCCCAAAAUGGUGGACGGCCUCAGGAAGAUCGACAAGGCCUAUCCCCUCUCCAGAACCAAGGUCGAGGAGAGUGGCGAGCACGUCCUGCUGGGCACAGGAGAGGUCUACCUCGACUGCAUUCUCCACGACUUGCGCAGGCUCUACGGGGACCUUGAGAUCAAGGUGGCGGAUCCUGUGGUGGAGUUCUGCGAGACGGUGGUGGAGACGAGCUCUUUGAAGUGCUUUGCGGAGACGCCCAACAAGAAGAACAAGAUCUACAUGGUGGCGGAGCCAUUGGAGAAGGGCCUCGGUGAAGACAUCGAGAAGGGCAAGGUGAGCAUCGAGUGGGACAAGCGACGUAUGAGUGACUUCUUCACCAAGAACUACGACUGGGACCUCUUGGCCUCGCGGUCCGUUUGGGCUUUUGGACCCGAGGUCAAUGGCCCCAACGUCUUGGUGGACGACAGCUUGCCAACGGAGGUGAACAAGAGCCUGUUGGCGCAGAGCAAGGAUAGCUUGAUCCAGGGCUUCCAGUGGGCCACCAAGGAGGGCCCUCUCUGCGAUGAGAAGAUCCGAAGCUGCAAGUUCAAGAUCCUGAACGCCCAGCUGGCGGAGGAUGUGGUGCUGCGUGGCGGCGGUCAGAUCAUUCCCACCGCACGCCGUGUCGCCUACUCCGCCUUCCUGCUCGCGACCCCGCGUUUGAUGGAGCCAGUGAUGUUCUCGGACAUUGAGUGCCCCGCGGAUUGCGUGGCUGCCAUCUACAACGUUUUGUCUAGAAGGCGUGGCCACGUCAUUCGAGACUUGCCCAAACCCGGGAGCCCCAUGUACUCGGUGCACGCCUUCCUCCCGGCCAUGGAGUCCUUUGGCUUCGAGACGGACCUGCGGACACACACCUCCGGCCAGGCGAUGUGUCAGACCUUCUUUGAUCACUGGGAGCACGUCCCGGGGGAUCCGCUGGAUCGCUCCAUCCUAUUGCGGCCCCUGGAGCCGGCGCCGGCGCCCCACUUGGCGCGGGAGUUCAUGCUGAAGAUGCGGCGAAGGAAGGGGCUCAGCGAGGAUGUGUCGGUGCACAAGUUCUUUGAUGACCCGAUGCUCCUGGAGUUGGCGAAGCAGGAUGCCGAGCUCAGCUCCUACUUCUGAGAGCCCUCUUGUGGAGGGCUCCUUAUGGGGACAGGCAGGCAGCGAGGCAGCCCCCCCAAGCAGCAUGCACGUUACUGGA